AGUGCUGUUUAUUCGUUGGUUCUGUUGUUUUCUGUUGUUUCCUCUUGUUUCCUGGUCAUCCUGCUGAGCCUGAUGUUCCUGUUUGGCAGGAAGGUCAAAUCAAAGGAUACAAAGAAGAUGUAUAAUCCGGUUUCAUUUGAAGAGAAUUACAGUGUACAUGAGAAAUUGGGAACUGGAGCAUUUUCCGUGGUGCACUUGGCCAAGAGUAAAGUAACGCCCGGACAGAAGCGUGCAGUUAAAAUAAUUGAAAAAAAAAAUUUAAAGGGUAUAGAAGAAUCUUUGGUAAACGAGAUACGAGUGCUUCGAAGCUUCGGUGCAGAUCGUUUAGAUGGCAACAGUCCGAAUGGAACGCGACUAACUCAUCCAAAUAUUGUGCAACUUCUUGAAACGUACGAGGAUAAGGCGAAAGUGUAUCUGGUUAUGGAAUUGGCCAAUGGUGGAGAAUUAUUUGAUCGGAUUGUGGAGAAGGGAUCGUAUACCGAAAGGGAUGCAUCCCACUUAAUAAAGCAAAUCUUAGAGGCUGUAGACUAUAUGCACGAACAGGGUGUUGUUCAUAGAGAUCUUAAGCCCGAAAAUCUAUUAUACUCUAGUCCAGACGAAGACAGUAAAAUCCUGAUAAGCGAUUUUGGUUUUUCAAAAAUAGAAAAUUCCGGCAUAAUGAACACUGUUUGCGGGACUCCCGGGUAUAUUGCACCAGAAGUACUAGCCGGAAAGCCACAUGGUAAGGCCGUUGAUGUCUGGAGUAUAGGCGUGAUAUCCUACAUACUUCUCUGUGGCUAUCCUCCAUUCUACGAUGAAGACGACGCCGUUUUAUACUCAAAAAUUUUCAAAGGGGAAUUUGACUUCCAAUCGCCGUAUUGGGAUGAAAUUAGUGAAUCGGCCAAGGAUUUCGUAAAAAAUCUAAUAUGUGUCUCUGUUGAAAAGCGGUACACAUGUAAACAGGCAUUGAGUCAUCCAUGGAUAUCUGGAAGAAGGGCAAGCAGCCGAAAUAUUCACCGCUCUGUUUCAGAGCAGCUUACGAAAAACUUUGCCAAAUCCCGAUGGAAGCAAGCAUAUAACGCCGCAACAAUAAUUCGGAAAAUGCAGCGAAUGGCGCUAAGUAAUAACAGCAGUGUUAACAGUGUUUUAACAUCCUCUGUUAAUCUAUCCUCCGAAUAUGGUAACGAAAGCUCUAGUAAGACUACAGCUGUCGCUGCGUGCUUCGAUAAAUCAGCUAAUGUGACGCAAUUAUCCUCCAGCUCCAGGUGAUGUUGCGCAUCAAUCGAUAGCACAUAUCGACAUUACAGAACAAAUAUUUUAAAAAUCGAGCAACCUUUAUUAAAUUUUAUCCCAUAUUUUAUUUUUCUCAUAACAUUA